GCGAGUAUGGGCGACAGACUUGAGAAGGGCCAACGUGGAAGUUGUUCAGAAAGUGCCUUGACUAGUGAAGACUUUGGCUCGGCAGCUAGUGAACUCCUGCCUGUACACUUUCAGGCUCACAGAAGAGUGUCGAGUAUGUCGUUGGAACCUUUAAGAACCUCUCAAGUGCAGUUGCCUUCGUGUAAUUCAGCCUUUCGUCCUUAUCAGUUACCUCAAACAGAUUUUGACUUGCAGUCGCGUUCAGAGUCGGACACAACAGGCUCUUCCUCUGCUUCAGGCGGCUUUGAGUCUCUCGAAAGUUCUCGGUCGUCUUCUCCCCCAAGAUUGCUGCUUCGUGUUACAGUGGUCUUGUUGGACACCUAUCAAAGAGUUUGUUCGAACUUUAGAUACGAUAAUAGAAACCGUCCCAGAAGAUGCUUAACACAUCCAAACCGUGGCGUUUACAACUUUGGCUUUGAUAACAGAGACAAUGAUCUUAUUGUUUAUGUUAACGAUAUUCUGGAAACACCUUCAGGUGAACGUUAUAUUGUUGUAGAUCUGUUUGGUGCAGGUACUUUUGGCCAGGUUUUCAAGUGUUUCAAUGAAAGAACUGGAGAGUUGGUUGCGGUGAAAGUUAUUAAGAACCAACCAGCAUAUUAUCGUCAAGCAUGGAUGGAAGUAUACAUAUUGGAUAUGUUGCACAAGACACAUCCACCUGAAGAAGUGCAACAUAUUGUAAAGCUUCUACGAUAUUUUGUGUAUAGAAAUCAUCUAUGUCUUGUCUUUGAAAGUCUUAGUAUUAAUCUAUACGAGCUUAUCAAAUUGAAUAACUUUAGAGGACUCGGACUUGAACUUGUACGUGUCUUUUUGGUACAAAUUUUGCAGACUCUUGUUGUCCUUUCUGAUUCAUCCAUCAUUCAUUGUGACCUUAAACCUGAAAACAUUCUCUUGACCAAACGAGGGAGUGUCGAUUUGAAGAUCAUUGACUUUGGUUCCGGUUGUCAGGAAAAUCAUGUCGUCUACACAUAUGUGCAAUCACGAUUCUAUCGUUCGAUUGAAGUUCUUUUGGGUGCUUCGUACAACAGUGCCAUUGAUAUGUGGAGUUUGGGGUGCAUUGCGGGUGAACUUUUUUUGGGCCUUCCGUUAUUUCCGGGCUCUAGUGUGUUUAAUAUGAUUUGUCGUAUUUCAGAAAUGUUAGAUGUUCCUCCAGAUCACCUAGUUGAGAGGUCUAGGAAUCGUGGUAGGUUUUUCACUGUCAGAAGGGAUUUCAUGGCUGGUUUGGGUGGGAAGAAAUAUCAAUUGAAAAGUGUGGAACAGUAUGAAAUGGAAACGGGGGAACGUGUUGUAUGGAAACGAUAUUUUCAACAAAAAAAAUUGAAGGAUAUUAUUAUGAGUUAUCCUAUAUGGAGAACCAAUCCACCGUCCCAAAGGGAGAUUGACUUGCGUCGAAGUUUUGUAGAUUUCCUUCAUGGUCUCUUAAAGGUUGAUCCAGAUGAACGGUGGACUCCUCUUGAAGCUCUUCAACAUCCUUUCAUCAAGUUGGAACCUCUUCUGAAUAAUGAACCUUGGGAACCCUCUGGAAGACUUGAGCAACGAAAAUUAUUGGGACAUCGAGCUCGAAUUUCUUCCUCCACAAUGAUGAUACAAGGAACUUUGAGUUCAUCUGCUCCGAAUCCGCAGUUUUUAGAUAGUCGUGAAGAGUCCUUCUCUCAGAGCGGUGACGACAAUGAACAAAGUAGAGUUAGUCAAACCAAUUAUCAUUCUAUGGAUGAGCAAACAGAAGAAGAAGUGUCAAUUGAGGGAGGGAAACUGGAAUCUUGUUCUUUUGAGGAACAUUCUAAACAAGCGACAAGCACUUGGGUAAAGAACAAUUCAUUGCAAAACACAAGUGAAGAGUGGGUUGCUGGAACUUUUAUGGACGACGACGAAUUUGGUACAACUGCCGAAACCAGCACCACGAGUGCAUUGGAUGAUGAUGCUAAUGAUGAACAAGGAACAGGUUCCGCUGAUCAUUCCGAAUCGACAGAUGAUAAAGCAGAAUCUCUUGGUGUGCAGUCAUCAGGAGAAUGCAGAGGCGAGUUUAAUCUUGAAGCCUCAUUGGACUCUCUCAAUAUGGAUGUUGAAUUGAGUCAACGUGCCCCACCGCCGCCACCAACAGCUCCUUCGUUGGGAUUGGAACUUGGAACGUCAGCUCCUGCAGGUUCUGGUCUUCCAGCAAGUCCCUUUUCAGUUGCGUGGAUUCGAGGUUCAAGGUCUUCCAGUGUUGCUCCUGGAGAAAUGAGGACUUCCAAAUGGUUGCGUGCAAGAAGAGGACUUGCUGUCGAAAGAAGUGACAGUUUCUCGAAUCAGAUGCACUCAAGAGAGACUUGACUUGGUAUAGGGACAUUCUGGUCAUGGAUAAAUGGAGAGGCACAUACAAAUAUAUGAUGCAUAAUUGUGAAUGUAAUAGAAAUGAAUAUGAUGCAACAUUAUAAGUACAAUCUUGAUACACGCCAAGCACUCAUUGUUGUCGUUGUUGUUGAAGAAUAAAGAAAGUUGGAGACGGAUGGAAUAUAAAAAUCAUUAAAAAUAGGAUUGUUAGU